CGUUAAUUCCAAUCCCCAGGGCUUAUCAAAUAUUUCCUGAGCUCUAAAACAACCCGCUUUUUCCGACCUUCACGUUUAUUAAAACCUUACAGUAGGUAGCUUAAGAACACAUUUGAGUUGAAUAAUGUAUUAGAAUGUAUUUGAGUGACAUUUUACAGAAAAAAGUACCCUGUAUUGUCGAGACUCUGUAUUUUUGGACGCUUUUAAAAUCUAAAGGAAAAUGUUUAAAGAGUUUUUGUGCACAUUUUUGGAAUGAAUGUGUGUUCCAGGACUUUCUUCGCAAGAAAAACCUGUUCAGGAAACCAUCUAGCAAGAUACGAGAACAAAACCUCAUGUAUAUCACACACCAAAAUCUCGGACAUCCACUGGCUUUCCAGCUGUCAUCAGACGCCCACCGCUCAAGGUAGGUACAAGUUGUCUGCAUGGUCUGAUUAUCACAUCAAGUGCUAUAUAAGUUAUUGCGAGGAAACUCUCUCAUCAAGCGUGGUCAAUUGUAGAACUUCAAGUCUGAAAAUGUUCAUCGGUGUUUUGAUUCUAGCAGCUGCUUACUCUGCUUAUGCUUUUCAACGAGCGCCGUCUUUACAAUCAAUAAAACGGGGAGAGGAAAUAGCAUCAUCUUUCCCUCGCCAGCAACCCGGCGAAGAAAACUUAUAUGGAACACCACCCUACAUAGUUGAUUUAUACAAGACGCUGGCUAAAAAUCCAAGUCCAUUGCCGUAUGGAGCUGAGUUCGUGCGAAGUUUUCCAGCUAGAGGUAGACCGAAAAAGACCUCUUUCAUCUUAAAAUUCAACAUCCAUAUUCCGAAAAGGGAAAAGAUUCUUCAUGCAAUGCUGCAUUUUUGUUUGAAGCGUGAAACACUGAAAAAUAUCUCAUCGAUAGAAUUCACAAACGUAAGGUCUGACAAGACAAUGCGCCUAACAAAGACAGAAUUUGGUACCAGCAGAUGCCAACUUUUUCCAGUCACACCUCUGCUAAGAAGAAAGAGCAGCGUAAAUACAUUCUCGCUGGUGCUGCGAAUGGUACUAAUUAGCCAACGUGACGAAGAAAGUCAAGUGAAGGCCAGCUGGCGCAGAAAGGUUAGCAGCCCAGUAGAAAUCGUCAUCUUCAGCAGUGAGAAGUAUCCUGUUUCUCCAUUCCUGCGUUUCAGAUUGCCUACCAACCAACAAGAAUUGACGAAACGAGAUGCUGACAAUCACAAGAAGCUGACUAAGAGAGGGUGUCACCGUAAGAGUCUAAUUGUCAAUUUUGUUGGCCUUGGCUAUAAAGACAUGGUUGCACCGACAAUUUUCGACAUAAAACAAUGCAAUGGGGCUUGCCGAUACCCCCUCGGAAGCAUGUCCAAUCCAACACAGCACUCUCUUAUUCAACAGUUGCUGCAUUCUCUGUACGGUAAGCGCGUGGCCAAGUCCACUUGUUGUUCCCCACGGAGUUACGUUCCCUUGACAACGAUGAUAAAGGACUCCUACUCUGGUAGAAUCGCGAUCAGAAGCUUAGAGAACAUGAUCGUGGCUGAAUGCGGCUGUCAGUAAGACUAUAAAUUUGCUCAGCGGAAGGGACCCAGAAGAAAUAGAAACAUGAGUAAGGGUUUACAUCUUUUAACAAAAACAGAGGACUUGUUCGCUAUAUUUGUUUGUAGCUGAUUUGUGCAUCUUUGCACUUUGCUCCAUGUAAUGGCAGGGAUGGGCAGUAUUAUAACUUCCUUUAUUACCAAACACAAGUUUAAGAAAAAGCAAAAGACAUAGCUGUUAAUUAAGUAGCCAAGGAAGGGGCGUGUUUGUUCAAGUGAGAUUUUUAUUUCGAAUUAAAUCAGGUUUACCUAAGUCCUCCCUGUUACAUAAAAAAAGACGAAAAUGCGAAUAAAAUCAUGUUCCUAUUUAAUUUUGAUUUUCAAAAAUGUAUCAUUAGAUGUAAUUAUUGACUUCUUACAAACUACUAAUAAAGAUUAAUACUAUUUGAUAGCAAAGGAAAUGGGAAAUGAUAUUUCACAGUUAGAAACUCUUUCUGCUUUCUUGGAUAAGAUACCUCUGCAUUCAAGAUGACAUUGCCUCAAGCAAUUUUUAAUCACGAAGAAUGCUUUAAUGAGAAAUUAUCUCUUUAAAACAAUCAAUGGUUUUGGGGGAAAACUGUGAAGUGCUAUAAUGCGUUCUAACAUGUCAGCCUCGACAGCCAAACUUCCAUCGUACAGUAAUCAAGACAUUAAAUAUGCUAAUUACUAAAAAAUGUACAUGAUAGAGGGUAAUACAAUUCCUCGUAAAUGUAAAAUUUUUGUUAGCUUUGUGCAACUUCGAUUAUUUCUCAAGUCGCAUUACAUCAUUGUCUGCCACAUACCCUUAAACUGCAUCAGAUACUUCUUGCUGGAUAUUGAAAAAUGUUUUUACAAUAACUUUUGCAUCUAUUUACACUUUCAUCCAAAAAAAGAUCUCGCUACUAGUCUGUCAUUUAGUAGUGUUCAAUGUCGUGUGGGCACGUCUUUGGUGUAUAGAGCAGGACGGUUGUAAGCUACAACUCCCGACUUUCACGAGUAAUGUGUUCUCCGAUCAUUGCCAAAAGUACAACACCCAGCAACUUGCGUUGUGCUUUUAUAUUUUUCAAUUCUUUUCCCGAAUACUCUUAUUUCCGCACCCCCCCCCC